GGUUUGACCAGAAUUUGGAACCGAGGUAAAGCACGCAGCAUGUGAGUCGUGACGGUUGCAACUUGCCACUGCAUGAUGGUUCUAAUCCUCAGUCUGCCCUGCUUUUGCAAGCUUCCUGUCUUUCAAAGUAGAAUUCUGUGACCGCUGUCCGUGCCAGCUACAGUGCGCUCUGCACUGUUUCAUGAGGAGGCGUAGUCCCUGUCAGUGUUUGAACGCCCAUCCCCACUUCUUCGAUAAGAACGUUCAAAAUUUCUCCCAACUGCAAGACAGCUCCUGCUCACGGUAGUUUUGUACCGUAGCUGUCUGAAUACUUGCUAGUUUCUCAAACACUAACACUGUUGUUUCUACAAGACUUAAGUCCAAGCGGUCACCUUACAGGAGAACUUUUGGUGUGGAAACGCAGCAACAAUGGCGCCAAUCCAGCGCCUCAUCUUCGCAACGCUCGGUCUGCUGUGCGUCUGUGCGCUUCCCGUGCUGAGUCAGCCGGGCUUUAAUCCCUACCCCGACUAUUCCUGUCCCGCUGGUUACAUUCCAAUUGCCAGGUUCUCCCCACCAGAGAACGCCCCUGUUCCCUCAGUUUGCGACGAGGAUAAGUGUUACAAUGAAGCGGUGGGAUGUGGGCCUGGCAAUGUGUGCACUCAGCGCCCCGUUGGUUCUGUCGGUGGUUACUUCUACGAACACGACUGCCAAUGCAAACCCCCGUAUGUGAAGGGAAAUGUUGUGGGUUACAAAGGCCUCGGCACCCGGACCACUUGUUACAUCCCAGGUCAGGAUCCGUGCGCUUCGAACCCGUGCCAGAACGGAGGCACGUGUCAGCAGAUCCGGACGACCCUUAAUAUCCCGCCAAACUUUCCGGAAGACCCGAACGGUCCGAUCAUUGACUUCUUCUGCCAGUGCCCCCCGUUCUUCACCGGGAAAACGUGCUUGCUUCCCGAACCGAGCGGCAGCUUCCCGACUCCGGUGCUUAAGAAUGGACCUCCGCCCAGCACCCCCCCUUCGGGCCCUCAAGGUUCCGAGGCGGCGGAAACGUUUCACCCGCUGCUGACCGCAGAAUGCGAUGGCAUAUUUACACUUCUGAGUCCUUUCCUUUCUCUUUACCCCAACGAGAGACUUUUCGAAAGCAACAAAAGGUGUUUGUGGGUCCGGAGACGCUUCCAUUUUCCCCACCCGCUGUUGGUUCAAAAUGACCUCCAGAAGCGCCUCGAAAUCCCACCUCUCCCUUGUUCAGUCUGUUUUGUAUCGAAUUCCUUUUUCUUUGAGAAACAAAGCAAGCUUGACAACCUCUUUCUACAUGUUUCCGGUGUUUGUGGGGUCGGAGAUGCCUCCAGUUUCCCCACCCGCUGUUGGUUCAACAACGACCCCCAGGGGCGCUACGUCUGCUGCGACGGCCAGGGAUGCGACGGCUUCAACCCCGAUAAUCUGACCCCCCACUGCAAAAACUUCGGCUUUGUGCCGCCCAACUUCGGCGCGGGGGGUUCGACUACGCCCCCGUCGAAACCCCCCACCGUUCCCCCCAGCGGUCCGCAAGGUGUUUGUGGGUCCGGAGACGCUUCCAGCUUCCCUACCCGCUGUUGGUUCAACAACGACCCCCAGGGGCGCUACGUCUGCUGCGACGGCCACGGAUGCGACGGCUUCAACAGCGACAAUCUGACCCCCCACUGCAAAAACUUCGGCUUCGUGCCGCCCAACUUCGGCGCGGGGGGGUCGACUACGCCCCCGUCUGGUCCCCCCCCAAGUGGUUCGCAAGGCGCCUGCGGGGCCGGAGGCGCGGCGGAUUUCCCAGUACGCUGCUGGUACAACAACGACCCGCAGGGCCGUUACGUCUGUUGCGACGGAGCCGGUUGCGACGGCUUCAACCCACCAGAUAACUUUUUCCCUCGCUGCAAGAACAAUGGUUUUGUCCCGCCGCAGCUCUAGAUAAGGAGAGUAGCACCGGUAACCAAGCGUGGUUAGUCCCGGGUUAGAAGCGCUUGUAGCGUUCAGUAACGAUUUUUGUCCGAGUAACGUGCUCCCGACCCCAAGCAUGGUUAGAGCGGACUGAACAACUGAACCGGCCCUGCUUAUCCCGCGGGUACGACAAUUUUGAUAGUCUCAUAUGCUAAAGUCUAGGGUGGUCCCCUUGGAUGAGCCCCGAUCCAAGUGCUCGCUGAAGUUAUGACAAUUUCUUAAAUUUCAUUGCUUACAGGGCCAUAAGCGCUAGCAGGACGCUUAGAGAGGUUGAGACGUUCUAGAGAGUCUAGGUGCACGUUGAAGCGAAAUCACUUACUCAUAAUCUGACCUUUAAUUUGUCGACGUUCAGUUUCAUUCAUCCUGGUCGUUAAGUUACACCAUUCCAGGACGUCAGGUACUUACCGCAGCAACUAGGGCUGUACGAUGCAUAGCACUGCAAUUAAGCGAAUGAUCCGGUAAGAGAUACGUCGGUCCGGGAAGGGGCCUCCGGUAGCUAGCUGGGGCCCAGAUCAAUUUCAUGACAACGUCCCAUCGAGAGACUACUACUUGUGUAUGCAUUGUUGCCGCGC